CCCGCCGACGACAUUGCAAACCCGCCUAUCUGGUUCUGCUUCCUGCCAUUCGCCCUCUGCAACCCGCUCGAUACACGCUCGCUCAUACGUACAUACUAUACAAGCCUACACUACACUACACUACACUACAUGCGCAUGCACAUGCACAACCCCAUCCACGGUUAAACAAAAAGAGAGCAACCCCAGCAACACAAAGAAAAAAGCAACCAUCCAAACCACCACCAGCACAAUGGAAUUCUCUCCAGCACUCUCGAUGCACAGCGACAUCAGCGACAUGACCGACGAAGAGCUGGACAAGUACUUUGCGAGCUGCGUCCCACUGUCGAACCUCCCCACCCCUCCCCCGGCUAAGGAACCCACUCCAGCCCGGCCAUCAACCCCAACACGGAACAAGACCUUCCAGACGUCACAAACAUCACAAGCCAGCACAACACCACCGUCCGACGUCACCGCUUGUCCAACACAGCUUGCUUACGCAACCCACCUUGCCAACCUCGUCCCGCUCAACGUCUCCACACACCGCCCUCAUGCAUCCGUCAUUCAAGGUUUCUUGACCCGCGCCGGCCUGCCUGACGACAUUGUGGCGUUUGCAGCAUGCAUCUUGGACGGCUUGAGUAGCCGUUUUGCAGGCACCUGGAGGGAUUCUCUUGCCGCACGUCUUAGUCCGGAUGUUAUUGUACUAGCCUCGCUAUCGCUCGCACACGGCUUUCUCGUCGACCGGAUGAGGUCAUCGCGGCACUGGAGCAUCAGGGAGAGCAACGGUGCCUUUAGCGUGCAACAAAUCGAGGCGACCAAGAGGGCCAUACUUUACGACAUGGACUACGGCCUGUCGCGCAUCUCCCACGACAUGGUGCAGCACAGGCUCAAGAACAUGCAACCAACCAACCCAUCACCAGUGCUCUCUGCAACCCAAACAGAGACUGUUGGCAAGGAGCCUCGCCGACGCAACAUGGCCUUUGCGCUGCAGGGCGCAGCCAUCUGGCAGCACGGCGUACAGACACCAGAACCUAGCCCCUGAGCAUAUGGCGCCAUUUCUACGCGAAACGAACCUUGUCUAAUUCCACAUGCUUACAUACAUUCCAUUCAGCUGGCUCUGUUCACGAUACCCCCAUCCUUCCGGCGCUUCUAACAUUUUAAUGACAGCGCAUUGCGCAUCUUUGGGCGUUUUGUUUUUCGGCGUACGUUAGGCCGGGCAGCCCCGGCCAGGUCAACCUGUAUGGUCCCAACAAAGUGGACCACUGUGGAUUUAUAUAUAUAGUAGACGGGCGG